CUGGGUGGGGUCCGGCCGGUGGGCGCUGCUUCUGCCGGGGAGCCGAGCGAGUUGACAGAUGAUCGGGAGGCGCUCCCUGCUCGGCCUCACCUUUUGCACCUGCUACCUGGCUUCUCACCUCACGAACAAGUAUGUCCUGUCGGUCCUGAAAUUCACCUAUCCUACAUUAUUCCAAGGGUGGCAGACACUCAUCGGUGGACUUUUGCUUCAUAUGUCAUGGAAACUGGGUUGUGUGGAGAUCAACAGCAGUUUAAGAUCUAAUGUUUUGGCAUGGCUUCCUGCUUCAGUGCUGUCGGUGGGUAUAAUCUAUGCAGGGUCCAGAGCUUUGUCCAGACUGGCUGUUCCUGUGUUUUUCAUUUUGCAUAAUGUAGCUGAAGUUCUCAUCUGCGGGUACCAGAAGUGUGUCUGGAAAGAGAAAACAUCGCCCACAAAGAUCUGUAGUGCCCUCUUCCUCGUGGCUGCUGCAGGGUGCCUUCCCUUCCAGGACGCACAGUUUGAUGCAGAUGGAUAUUCUUGGGCUGUAGUUCACUUAUUUUGUGUAGGGGCUUACAGAAUACUUCGGAAAUCUCAGAAGCCCAGCAUGUUAAGUGACAUUGACCAGCAGUACUUGAACUAUAUAUUCAGUGUGGCACUCCUGGCAGUGGCGUCUCAUCCCACAGGUGACCUCUUCAGUGCCGCGGACUUUCCGUUCCUGUCUUUCUACAGAUUCCACGGCAGCUGCUGUGCCAGCGGAGUUUUAGGAUUCUUUCUCAUGCUCAGCACAGUAAAGCUGAAAAGCGUUCUGGCCCCAGGGCAGUGCGCAGCCUGGAUUUUCUUUGCUAAGGUCCUCACAGCUGGCUUGUCACUCUUGCUGUUUGAUAUGGUCCUGACCAGUGCAACUGUGGGCUGCUUCCUGCUUGGUGGACUUGGCGAGGCCCUGCUGGUUUUCUCAGAGCGGAGAAGUUCCUGAUGGAGAUGUUCAAGGAAAGGAAACACUCAUCUGCUGCAGGAGAACACAGUGCUUGGGCCUCCCUCUUAAGGAACAUAGAAAGAACUCUGAGAGUGCAACCAAGCUGAACUCGUUGUUUGCUGAUGACUCAAACACCCCACUUUCUCAUUACUGAGGGGAGGAUUUCACAGGGGCCUCUGCACCGCCGCAGAGAAAGGACCCAUCUUACAUCUUCUCAUGUAGGACCAUCUCCACUCCGCUGCACCCAGUUCUGCAGAAUCAGGAGGCAGAGGAUCUUAAUGGGACGGCUGUGUCCUCUGGAUGGACCACAGCCUCUGGACACCAAGACUUCCACCAAACACUGUCCUGUAUUUGUGGUUACAGUCCCAUGGAAUCUUAUUGCAUUUUUUUUUUUUUUUGGUGUUUUGUAUCUUUCCAUUUUGUAGUCUCUUCCCUCCUUUGAUUUUUCUGGUUUACCUGGAGCCCAUGCCACCCACAGAAAACAAGGCAUGAAUGCUCCUGAGAGUCAUGUAGGGCAGGGCAGGGUUGGGACUGAGCAGCGUUCUGGACCAAGUGAGAUACCAAGAAAGAUCUUUAGAUGGUGUUGUGAGUGAAGGGCUUUUUGUGGUUGAUGCAGAUUUACUUCUGGUUUCUAAAUUUCUUUUGGUUCUUGUGAAUUUGUCAGAAUGUGUUGAGUUCUGUAGAAUCUGUUAGGUUAGGCUGGUGACUAAUCAAUUACCUGAAGCCUUUUGAGUCCUAUGUGGCCCAGGUGGGUCUCCAACACCUUACCUGCUCUGUAUUCUGAGGGCUGAGACUGUAAGCAUGCAUUCCUAUGCCUAGGUUUUGUUCCUUAAAGUUUUUUAAAAUGUAAUUCCUUCAUCUCUCAGACGAGAUCUCAAGGCAGUGACCACUGGAUUUUAUCUCUCACACCAAAUUAAUGAUUGGAGUAAAGUCCCAGACCUUACCACUGAGGAGAAGCUACUUUGCACAAAAUAGUUGCUUGACUCUGAAUCCUCUAAGGCUUAAGAAAAUAAUGCUUCAAUCUGAAUAUUUCUUCUCACUGAUUUUACAAAUACUUUUUUUUAGAGGAUCAAUAAAAUGGUCAUUUAUUAGUUUUCUACAGUGUUCUCAAACUUCAGUGUACAACAGAAUCAUGCAGAAAGUUCAUUAGAACGUACAUUGCUGACAUAGAUUCCAAGUUUUGGAUCUGACCAGGUUUGGUGACACACACACCUUUAAUACCAGCUGUUGGGAAGCAGAGGCAGGAGGAUUUCUGUGAAUUUGCCGUCAGUCUUGUCUACAUAGAAAAUUCCAGGCCAGCCAAGGCUAUAAAAUGAGACCUUGUUUAAAAUGAAACAAAACCAGGUUUCUGAUUCUGAUUCUGAUCCUGAUUUUUUAAAAAUUUUUUAUUGUUUUUAUUGAGCUAUAUGUUUUUCUCUACUCCUCUCUUUUCCUCCCCCAUCCCUUUCUGCCCUCUCCCCUUAUCCCCAUGCUCCCAGUUUACUCAGGAGAUCUUAUCUUUUUCUACUUCCAAUGUAGAUCAGAUAGAUGACUUUUACAGAUACUUGAUUCUGGCAAGUGUCAGAGAGUUUGGGUCAUACUGAAGUCACUUCAUCAGCCCUGGAGUGUAGGAGACCUGCGUCAUUGCUGGAGCCCCCACCCCCUGGGGCUCUGAAAACCUCCUCCUUGUCCCAGGCUCAGUCCCAGGAAGAGUGAAGUCAGCUCCAUUAUCACUGAAUGUCUUCUCCAAUGUGUUGGGAAACAAAGAAAAUGAAACAAUAGGAUGGGUUUGUGUAUUCAGGAUGUGAGGAUCUUUAGUUCAUCUUGUUCUGGUCUUAGCUUACCACUUAAGGUGAAAAUGUCCCAAGACUUGAUGCUUAUGUGGUUUGCAAUUCACUUUCCUAGAGUAUUUUUUAGAUUUAUUUAUUCUGUUGUUUUAUGUGUACUGUGUACCAUGUGUAUACCUGAAGUAGUGUCACACGCAGUAGUGAGCUGCCAUGUGUGUGCUGGGAAUUGACCCAUGUGCUGUGUAAGCACAACAAGUGCCCUUAACUACUGAGCCAACACUCAAGGCCUACAACCUGCUUUUAAAAUACAAUUUUAUUUUAAAUUAUGUGUGUAAUGGAUUAAGUAAAAAUGCUACAGGUUCCCUAGUGACUGCAGUGGGCAGCAGGUCCUGAGAGCAGCCAGUCCCAGGCAGGGCAGCGCAGUUCCCCAAGCAGGCCUCUGAAGGCGCUGGUCUGGGGCAGGAAGCCAUGUGGCAGGUGAGACACAGAGAGACAUGGAUAGGCAUGCCAUGCAGAGUGAGGUUGGAUAUUUAUUUAGUGGGUUAUGGAGGGGAAAGGGAGAGGGGGAAGAGCAGAGAAGGAGAGAGAAACAGCACACCAACCCCCAGUUUCCGUCUGUGUAGCCCCCAUUCUCAUGCUCAGCUCUGAAUGUUCAGGGGACCCAGGAAUGACGUGGGGCUCCCUACACGGCAUUACCCCUAGAGCUCUACUGUGGCUCUCUGGCCCAGGGCUCCGCAGUAUCCACAGUCCUAUGUCAUCUUGCCUAUUUAGUUCUUAAUCCUUACCAGCUCCAUUUGUUUGUUUUUUGAGGCAGGGUCUCUGCUAUGUAGCCAUGGUUGUCCUGCUGGAGGUACAGGCCAGGCUAGCCUUGAACUAAGCUUCUGCCUCCCCAGUACUGGAAAUAAAGGGGCACACUAUCUUUCCCGACUCCAGCUCCAUUGAAAAGCCAGUGUGGAUUUUAUUUGAAUUGCACCAAUAAAGAAUAUGCUUUCUUUUGAGAAAAGCAAGGUUCUGUGUGGUUGUGUAUUAAACUGCACUGUUAUGGCUAUAAAGAAAA